CGCCAGGCGGAUGUUUACAUGUACUCUGCGCGCGCCACAUUCGCAGAGCAAGACGUUUUCAGAGGCAGACUGUGAUAUCUUACACCAUGAAUAGAAAGACCGGGCCUGUCUCCAACUCCACCUUAAGACGGAGGAUCCGUGCAGAUAUAGAAAAACGACUUCAGCAGAUUCGAGAUGACUGCAAAAUGUUGACCGACGUUCAGACAACAGACCUUGGGCAUGAAAGUGGAGAGUUUUUUGAAGAAACCCCUUCUUGCAAGCUCCAUGCACACACUGAUCUGGCGAAGAGAAAGAUGUGACUCAAACACCAUCCCCUGCUCUACUACAUUCGUCCAAAUUAUCAGCCUACUGGAGCAUAUGAAAAACCAGCAAGACCUAUUAGUUGCCAAGGUGAAUUAUCUUAUCAGCAGGCUACCACCCACUGACGAGGACGUGGACGUGCCUGUCCCAGUACAGUUUCCUAUGACAUCAAUGGAGGAAGUGGAAAGUUUGGAGGACUGGCUUAAAGAUCCUGCAUACUCUCAACAAAAGCAGAGUUUGAAAGACCUCCACCGCCUGUGCUUCCACAGAGCAUGAAGUCUGUAAGCAUGCAAUCCGAUGGUUCAACCUGGCAGUAGACAGGAGCUCAAGGAGACGUAGUCCACAGGAAGGUCAACCUGCUGACCACAACACAUCCACAUAACAUCACAGAGCAUUCUGGUUUUUUUUAUUAUUGUUUGUGUGAAUGUUGAAUUUUGUUUUCUUUUGACUUUACUAGUAACUGUUCUUUUCACUGAAUACAUUUGAUUUUCAUCA